AUGGCAAAAGACAAGAUGAAAAGACGAGCAACAAAUUUGUUGGCUUGUGUUCUUUCUUAACAGGUGUCUUUAAUGCCUUGAACACUCUUCAUGUUUUAGUGCGAAAGUACUUAAUCUUGACAAUGGAGUAGAGAUAUCAAAACGUAGGUCAGGUUCACUUCACACUUUUCGCAGCCGUUGGAUACUUGGAUCUGUCUCUCCACAACAAUUCAUCACUGUUGCUAAUGCCAUUGAUGCUGCAAAGCCAGCAAUGGGACUCUGAUUUGGUGGAAGCAAGAUACAUAAAAGAAAUUGAAGACAACCUCAGCAUAAUUCGUCUUAGGUUUGGAGAUAACUCCAAGCCACUGUUCAGGAAUAGAGAAUUCAUUGUCUAUGAGCGACGUCAAACUAUGGAAGAUGGCACUGUGGUAGUAGCAGUUGCUUCAUUGCCAAAGGAAAUAGCUGCUGGAUUACAUCCUAAGCAAAAUAAUGCAAUAAGAGGACUAUUGCUACACUCAGGAUGGGUAGUGGAGAAGCUUCAAGAUAAUUCAUGUGUUGUUACUUAUGUUGUUCAGUUGGAUCCUGCAGGGUGGCUUCCCAAGUGUUUUGUGAAUCGAUUUAAUACAAAACUGGUUAUGAUUAUUGAAAAUCUUAGAAAAUUAGCACAAGCAUGUCCAAGUGGUCAAAAUUGACCACUUUGUAAAGUUGCAAGGAGAGGGGAAUGUGACCAUUGACCAAGCAAGCACACUAUUAAUGGCCAUUCAUAUUAUUUACUUGCUAUUUAUAGAUUAUAGAUAAUACAUAAAUAGAAUCAAAUCAAUCAAUUGAGCCAAAUGGCAAUUAAUUUUAGCAAUGCAAUAUAGUUAUCACAACUCAAGAAGCUCAAA